GGGGGAGUGAGAAAUUUUUUUCAUAUUUGAUCAAGUUGGGAUGGAGAACAGUGGGGAAGCAGUAGAUGAUCAGGGCUCGGGAUGGUUCCAAGUGAAAAAGAAGCAUAGAAGUAGUUCAAAGUUCUCUCUACAGAGUUGGGUUGGGGGAUUCUCAGGAAAGAAUCCUUCUAAUUUUUUGCAUUCUCAGCCCUCAUUGAAUGAAAAUAAUGGAAAUUCAAGAGGUAAGCGCAGAUCCCAGCUUCCCAAGGCAGGGGGAAAUAAUGCUGUAGGUAGCCAAAGUAGUGUUAUAAAUUCUAUUCCUGUCCUGGAUGAAGACAAAAAAGGCGUGCUCUUUCUUGACAAAUGUGUAGUCCAACAAGAUAAUGAGUCUCCUAAUUUGCUUCCAUUACCUGUUGCAAAUUUGAAUGGUGGAACUGGAGAUAUUGAGAAAACUACUCAAAAAGACAAGCCUGAUGUUGUUCACAAAAUCAAGUGGGGUGAUCUAGAGGAUGAUGCUUUGCUCCUGCAUCAUGAAAACACUGAUGGAGCAGGUAUAAAGUUUGGUGAUAUUGGAAGUCAUAAACUGGAUGCCUGUAGGAAGAAUGUGAAUAAUCAUUAUGUGGUUUCCUCUGUUGCUUCUUGUGCUAACCCCCAACACAACAACUUGGUGGCAACUGCAGAUGCAGAUAUAUGUGGAAAUGAGGUUUCUGAAAAGAACUGUAUAUCUGUAGAAGAUGCAGAAGUACCGAUUGCGAAUGAUCAAAAGCUUGAUCCAGAUGAUGAAGUUUCGAACUGCAAGGAUAUACACACUGAACACGUGAAAUCUGUAAAUGGUGAUCUUUCUAGUACUGGAUUUUCAUGUGCUGAAGUGGUAGGUAUAGAGUUCAAACUUCAGGCACCUGACAUCAUACCUGACGCAGAUGACACAGAUAGUUCUGAAAUUCCGGUGACAAGCAGGGGUUCAAGCGCGGCAGCAAUUGACCAAAAUGCUGAGUUAUUUCCACCCAAAAAGAGUGGAUCUGAAAUAUCAGGAGACUCUACUGUCACAUACCCUAUUGAAGAUCAAGGGGCUCCAUCGGAAGAUACAAUACAUGAUGAUAGUUCAAGCAUGCAGAUUGGGAAUUCCCUUGGAGAAUGUCAAACGGGUGAAAGCAAAGAAAGGUUUAGGCAGCGACUUUGGUGCUUUCUCUUUGAGAAUCUUAAUAGGGCUGUAGACGAACUUUAUCUUCUGUGUGAACUAGAAUGUGAUGUAGAACAGAUGAAAGAGGCCAUUCUUGUUCUUGAAGAAGCUGCAUCUGAUUUUAAAGAACUAAAUGCUAGAGUGGAGGAGUUUGAGAAUGUGAAGAGGUCCUCUCCUCAGCUAAUUGAUGGGGCACCAAUCACAUUGAAGAGUGACCAUCGCAGGCCACACGCCCUUUCAUGGGAGGUACGAAGAAUGACGACUUCAACACACAAAGCAGAGAUACUGUCAUCAUCUCUUGAGGCUUUUAAGAAAAUUCAAAAAGAAAGAGCUAGUAUGUGUACAUCUAAUGAUGCAAAAAUCCUGGGGUCCGAGUGUUAUUUUCAGUCUGAUGAUAAUCUGAAUAAAUCAUCUGAGAAAACUGAUGCAACACCCAAUGCUAGGGAUUCGCAAAUAAAGUCAAGAAGACAGAGUGCAAGUACAGAUUUGAUUCUAGGAAAUAUUACUGGGGAAAAGCGGAAUAUUGAGUCAGGCAGGUCUUGCAAAGUAAACUUAGUACAAAAUGGACGUGUCCCUCCCCAUAACUCAUCCUUUUCCGAAUUUAGUUCCUCUAGGCCACCUCCUAGGGAUAUUUCUGCUGCUUUUACUGCUGGAAAGAGUAAGAGAGAACAACCUGGAUCUGAUGCAGAUAGGUUUCUUUCUAAAAAAGAAAAAAAUUUGGCAGAAAGUGUUGUUGAAAAAAAUUCCAAAUCUACAGAUCAUUUUAAGAGACAAAUUCCUCUUUCAGAGAAAGAAAAGGAGAAGGAAAGGAGGAAUGCAGCUCCUUGGAAAUCCAUGGAUGCUUGGAAAGAGAAGAGGAAUUGGGAGGAAAUACUUUCAUCUCCUUUCCGUGUCUCUACACGUGUAUCACAUUCUCCUGGUAUGAGCAGGAAAAGUGCGGAGCGUGCACGCAUAUUGCGGGAUAAACUAAUGUCUCCUGAGAAGAAGAAGAAGAAAGCUGCUAUUGAUCUGAAAAAAGAAGCAGAAGAAAAGCAUGCCCGGGCAAUGAGAAUUAGAAGUGAGCUGGAGAAUGAGAGAGUUCAAAAGCUUCAGCGUAACUCAGAAAAACUAAAUCGGGUAAAUGAAUGGCAAGCUGUCCGCAAUAUGAAGUUAAGAGAGGGAAUGUUUGCUCGCCACCAACGUGGUGAAUCUCGGCAUGAAGCUUUUCUAGCUCAAGUUGUGAAGAGAGCUGGUGAUGAAAGCAGUAAAGUUAACGAGGUUCGUUUUAUUACUUCCUUAAAUGAAGAAAACAAAAAGCUUAUAUUGCGCCAGAAACUUCAUGAUUCAGAGUUGAGGAGAGCUGAAAAACUUCAAGUUAUAAAAACUAAACAAAAAGAGGAUAUGGCUAGAGAAGAGGCUGUGUUAGAACGCAGGAAACUCAUUGAAGCCGAGAAAUUACAACGCCUUGCUGAAACACAGCGGAAGAAAGAAGAGGCUCAAAUUAGGAGAGAAGAGGAGCGCAAAGCAUCCAGUGCAGCACGUGAAGCAAGGGCCAUGGAACAACUUCGGAGAAAGGAGGAAAGAGUGAAAGCCCAGCAAGAGGAAGCUGAACUUCUGGCGCAGAAACUUGCAGAGCGACUUAGUGAAAGUGAACAACGUCGCAAGUUUUACCUGGAGCAAAUCCGAGAGAGAGCUUCUAUGGAUUUCAGGGAUCAACCUUCACCUUUGUCGCGCCGAUCUGUAAUCAAGGAUGGGCAGGGUAGAGUUAAUGAAGACUAUCAAGCAAACAUCAUUACAGGCUUAGGAGGUUCUGCUCUUGCAAUGGGAAAUGUUACAAUGCAACAUUCUUUGAAGCGAAGGAUUAAAAGAAUUAGACAAAGGCUUAUGGCUCUUAAAUAUGAAUUUCCUGAGCCUCCCGUUGGUGCUGAAAAUGCUGGUAUUGGAUAUAGAACGGCUGUGGGAACUGCAAGAAUGAAAAUUGGGAGGUGGCUUCAAGAACUUCAAAGACUUCGGCAAGCUAGAAAAGAAGGGGCUGCAAGUAUAGGGUUAAUAAUUGCAGAAAUGAUCAAGUAUUUGGAGGGAAAAGACCCUGAGCUGCAAGCUUCUCGACAAGCUGGUUUACUUGAUUUUAUUGCUUCUGCCUUGCCUGCUUCUCAUACAUCAAAACCUGAAGCUUGCCAGGUGACAAUUCACCUUUUGAAGCUUCUCAGGGUGGUUCUAUCUGUGGCUGCAAACAGGAGCUAUUUUCUUGCACAGAACCUUUUACCCCCAAUCAUCCCAAUGCUAUCUGCUGCACUUGAGAACUAUAUAAAGAUUGCAGCCUCUUUAAAUGUGCCGGGUAAUAUUAACUUUCCAUCGAGUAAAACAUCAACUGAAAAUUUUGAAUCAAUCUCUGAAGUACUAGAUGGUUUUUUAUGGACUGUUACGACAAUAAUUGGUCAUAUAAGCACUGAUGAAAGACAACUCCAAAUGCGGGAUGGUUUGUUGGAGCUACUGGUUGCCUACCAAGUUGUUCACCGGCUGCGGGAUCUCUUUGCACUUUAUGAUCGGCCACAGGUGGAAGGCUCACCUUUUCCUUCUUCUAUUCUCUUAAGCAUCUAUAUGUUGGUGGUUUUAACAUCCCGACCUCAGACUGAUAGUUCCAUUGACUGGGAAUCUUGUCCUGGUGAAGUGGCUUUAGGAAAUAAGAGUGAUGAGGCUACACUUUUAGAGUCUGUUGAUUCUGGAUAUUUUUCUGUAACUAACUUUUGUGGGGAUAAUAGACCGCCAUUAUCAGUGCUAAAUGGUAGCACGGUUGUAUAUCUUCCAGAUGUACCAGAGGAUAGACCAUUAGAUGAAUUGUCUGAGAUAACUAAAAAAAAUGUGUCAUCCAUGGGCAAGGACGCUGAAAAGGAGCAGAAUGACAGUUCGGUUGAGGUGUGUAAGACCAACACUAACAAGACAGAUGCUGCAGAUGAAUCUCAAAUUCACGAGAUUGUGGAGCCUUUUGCAGGUCAUAAGGAUGAGAAACACUCGGUCACUACAGAACAGAAGAGUGAAAACAUUUUGAGAUUGGAUCAACCAUUGUCUUUUCUUCUUUCUGCUAUAUCUGAAACGGGUCUUGUCAGUCUCCCGUCUUUGUUAACAGCUGUGCUACUGCAGGCCAACAAUAGAUUGUCCAACGAACAGGCCUCAUAUGUCCUUCCGUCUAAUUUUGAAGAAGUGGCAACUGGUGUGCUGAAGGUACUGAACAAUUUGGCUAUUUUGGACCUCAAAUUUAUGCAAAGAAUGCUGGCAAGGUCAGACCUGAAGAUGGAAUUCUUCCAUUUGAUGAGUUUCCUACUCUCCUAUUGCACCAGCAAGUGGAAAAUAGCCAGUGAUAAGGUUGGUUUGCUUCUACUUGAAUCUCUUUUGCUUCUUAGUCACUUUGCAUUGUUCCACCUGGAGAAUCAAGCUGUCUUGCGAUGGGGAAAGAGUCCUACUGUCCUUCACAAGGUGUGCGAUCUUCCUUUUGUGUUCUUCAGCGACCCCGAUUUAAUGCCUGUCUUGGCUGGAACACUUGUUGCUGCCUGUUACGGGUCUGAGCAGAACAAGGGUGUGGUUCAGCAAGAAAUCAGUAUAGAUAUGCUACUUUCGUUGUUAAGAUCUUGCAGAAACAUUUUGCCUUCUGUUCAGUCCAAUUCAACUUUAGACAAUUCAAUGGGGGACGAUUCUAGUGAAAUUAAUCUGCUGGGUCCUGAAUGUAAAAAGCCUCAAGUGGAGAGUGCCCUAAGAUUUAGCCGCAACAAUGCCAGGAGUGCUAGAGCUUACCUGGGAAAAGCUGGCAGUUUGGUAAACAGCAUUAGAAAUGGCAAGAUGAGGAACCAAAGAGAUGGGAAAACAACGAAGGCGAGCGAAGAAAUGGCUCUAAAGCAAAACCUACCGGCUUCAGAAACUAACACUGUUAUGCUGUACAGUAGAUUCCCUAGUAGUUUCAUUGAUAGAGCAGAGCGUUUCUUUUCAGUUGGCUGCCUCAAUGUGGGUGAUGAAGCAUGAGUUCACCUGCAAUCGAGCUCUAUUUUUCUGCUGGACAUAUUCUUCAGUGCGCACCCAAAAUUUUCUGAGGCGUGUUUAGAGAUUAUUCUAAAUCUGAAUUUCUCACACAGGAGCUUCCACUGAAGCUGGCUUGAGGCAGGUAUACACUUUACCAGAUUGAGUAAUGAGCAUCACUGAUGGAGGACCAUUUUUGGGACAACUCAAUGACACAAGAUAUAUAUAUAUAUAUAUAAAAGAUGGAUUUCGUUGGGUCUGUUUUGAGGACCGUGAUAGAGCUCUGAAAUAUAGUGAGAAUUCAGUGAUCUGUAUUAUAAAGCUGGCAUUGAAUUCUAAAACUAAUUUAACUUAAUUUAAAAUAACACAAGGUGUCCAAAAGAACACUUGUUGGGUGGAAAGGAUAUUACUCUCUGUCUCUUGUUCACGUCUCAAUUUUAACACAUGCUUGUAUUGUAUA